AUGCCAACGCUCGUGUCCACUGCUCGCUCUGAGCCACUUGCAAUGCCACUCAUGUCAAGCGAUCCAACCUCCUACAAUGACCUCAUUAGACAACUCGCAGCACAGGCACCAAAACCUUAUGGGGCUAUUCCACCUUUAUUAAAAAAGCGUAAAAAGAAGAACAAGCACCCUCGUUCACCAUCCAGUAACGAUGAUACAGCUGAAAACCCUAAUAACGAUAAGGCGAGGAUUCGACGGCGAAUGUCUCAUGUGGAAAACUGGAUUGUGGUCGAUAGCAAAGAAAGCUUACCUGACGAAGAAGAAUUGGUGAAUCCCUUCUCAACAUUCCUUUCUGGUGAUUUCUUUACUCAAGUCCUACCAUUACAUAUGCCGCCACCCUCUUUAAGCGAUCCAAACACUACUUCAACUGCUGCUGGUCCUAUUGCUGUUCAAUCUCUCAGCCAUGCCAUCAUCAACAAUGACAAUGAAUAUGAAGAAGAAGACGAGGAUGAGGAUGAUGACGAGGAUGAAAGCGUUCGUGUUACGCAUGAUGAUGGAGAAGAUGAAGGUGAAACUGAAGGCAUUGCUAUUGUACGUCGACACUCGAUCACGUCAUACUCCAAGUCGCAAACACCAUCCACAUCAACAACAUCUUCAUGUGUCUUGUCAACGUCUCCACCACGCGAUGAUAAGGACAUGCGGUGGGUAGAAACGAUUGCCAAGUUGAAGCGAUCAUUGGUGACACCUAAAAAAGCACCACCACCACCGCAUCGAUUGAUCCCCAUGCCACCACCGCCUCGACGACCACCUUUACAACGACGACGUUCAGAGGCAACGACACAACCACGCUUCAAUCCAGAAACAAACACUUACCUCCGAGAUACCCGCUCUAAUCCCGACCACCUUCGAAUCAUUGUGGCCGAACUCAACAUGAUACGCCAUCUAAAGUUACUUAGUCCUCUCAAACCAAGAGGUUUUCUUACUCGCCGCAAAGAUCCUUUUGUCAAAGGUGCCCUUCGACGUGAAUCACCGCUGCAGCAUGAAUGCAUCUUUUAG